AAAUGUCUCACCAUGAGGAAAUUCUGGUGAAUUUAAGCCAAAAGUAAAACAGGUUAACAUGAACUUCGUUGAAACUGAUGCCAUGGAAGAAAGAGCAGGCUUCAUCAAAGAAGAGGAUUGUGAGUGGGACGUGGUGCAACAUGAACAGGAACCUGUGCACCCAAAGUUAGAAGGCCACGAGUUUGGUUUUGCUGUAAUGAAGCAUGAGCAUUUUGAACAAGAGAGCAUUAGAAUCAAAGUGGAGGAUUAUGAUCAAAUGCCUGUUUUCAAGCAAGAUGCCCCUUUAAAAAAUGAGUCAAGUUUAAGCAUGUGCUCAACAUUUAAAAAAGAAAUGCACUGUUCACCUACAACUCACUCUUUCCCAAUGGAUCACAGCUCACUGGCUCGUGAGAUCAACAUGGCUGAGGAGCUGGGUGACAGUGCAGGUGAACAAGAAGAACAAAGUGCAAGAGAACAUGGAAAAUCAUUUUUGCCAGAGGAAGGCAGUGGCCUCCUGUGUUCUUCAACAUCUGACGAAUCUUCUGCUCAUUGUGGAAUUCAGUGGGACCAGCACAGUGAAAACAUGAAGAACUGGAUGUCUGAGCCAGAAAUACUGAAAAUGGACUCUUUGCAAUGUUGCUCUCUCCCUCUUGUCAAGCUGACAGUGAUAGACGCCAUCAAGCUUCACCAGCAGAUGCACAACACAAACCAUGCCUCUUUGUAUGUCUGCCAAGAGUGUGGGAAACUUUUUAAACAUAACCUUGAUUCUAAGAAUCAAGUCAUUCAACCUGAGGAGAAACCUUAUGGCUGUUCUGAAUGUGGAAAACUCUUUGCAUUUAAAUGCAGUCUUCAAAAACAUAGGCAGAUCCACACGGGUGAAAAGCCACAUUGUUGUACUGAAUGUGGCAAACGAUUCUCCCAAACUGGUAAUCUGAAAAGACAUUCAAGAAUUCACACUGGAGAGAAACCAUAUUCUUGCUCUGAAUGUGGUAGACAUUUCUCACAAAUCAGCAACCUUCAGACACACACACGAAUUCACACUGGGGAGAAACCAUAUUGCUGUACAGAGUGUGGGAAACGUUUCAAACAUAUCAGUGACCUGAAUAGACAUGCAAGGAUUCAUACAAGAGUGAAGCCAUACUCCUGUUCUGAAUGUGGCAGACAGUUCUCACAAAUAAGUAAUCUUCAGACACACAAACGAUUUCAUACAGGUGAGAAGCCAUAUUGCUGUACUGAAUGUGGCAAGCGAUUUUCGCAAAUCAACAACCUUAGUCGGCAUUCAAGAGUUCAUACUGGAGAGAAGCCUUAUUCCUGUAAUGAAUGUGGGAAACUAUUCUCACAAAUUAGUGAUCUUAAUCGACAUUUAAGAAUUCAUACAGGAGAAAAACCAUAUUACUGUUCUGUGUGUAACAAACAAUUUUCAAACAGUGGUGAUUUAAAGAGGCACAUCAGAAUUCAUACAGGGGAGAAGCCUAGGAGACAGAAACAGGAGGGAGAUGUGAGAACCUGUGUAAAUCUCUGGCAGCAUUAAACCUUAAUAAAAUGAGUUCUGGACUCCGGGUGAAUAAGUCUGUAUAGUAGGCAUUGUUUAAAGAAAUUUCUAUAAAAAUGACUACUUAAAUGGCCUGUAAAAUACGAACAGGCCAAGAUCCAUACUAUGAAUAAAGUAACUACCAUACUAUGAAUAAAGACUCAUAAGCACACAAUCCUCAAGCACUUGUGAAGGGAAGUUGUUAGUAAUAGUGACAGUGUCAAAUCUGAAUGUGAUAAAACAGUCCAGGAAUGUGGAAUCAGUCUUGGGAGACUGUUCUAGGGCUCCACUGCUAUGUAAAAAGCACAAUUAUGUAGUCUACCACUUGGCAGAAAAUUAACAGCAGAUACAGGCUGGUGGUCAACUGAAAAUAAGGAUGAGAGCAUAUACUGGUAUGUUUAUGUGAUAUUCCCUGAACUUUUCAUUAAACACAACACAACGAUUUGUUUUAAAAAUUAAUCAAGAGAAGAAACCCCACCUAGCAAACAAAGGAAAACAAAUACACAUCUUUAAUACCGAAAUCACAAAAAGAAACCACAUGAAAAAUCCAAAAUGAAACAAGAAGAAACAGCUGGAAAAUAAGACACGCUGAACUAGAAAUGAUCUGGUGUAAAAAAGAAGCUUGCACUGUGUUGUGAAAAAGCAUUUCCCCCUUCUUGAUAAUUGUCUAGUUUUGUAUAUUUUUCACAUCGAAUGGCUUCAGAUUUUUAGACAAAAUGUAAUAUAAUAGAAAGGAAACUCAAGUGAACAUAUCAUAACACAAUUUCUAAAUUUUCUUAAUAUAAUUAAUAUUAAUAAAAAUACCCAAGAACAUUGUACAAUGAAAUAAACAAAAUACCAGCAUAACGACAGGAGAGGUAAUACAUAAGAAAACAUGGCCUGCACAGCCCACCACUCCUGCAGUGCUUCUUGCAGGGUCUCACUAGCUUAGACUAG